UAGCAGGGAUUUUCGACUUCUCCGGCCUCUUUCUAUUUUUUAAAAAUAGCGCUCCGUAACUGUGAACGGAGACAGCCUCAGCUCUGUCAGAAAGCUCCCCGUCUGGCAGACAAGCAGUCUCUGAGUUGAACUGUGGGCUUUCAAGUAAGAAAUCCAGACGGAACUACAGCUCCCAGGAGCCUGGGCGCUGCCCCGCCCGCCGGGAGGCGGACGGAAGCGCAGAAGCGCGGGUGCACGAGGAAGUGGUGCCCAUCCCGGCCCAGGGCUGGAGCUGCUGCGGGGAGAUGGAGUUCUCCCAGCUGCUCUUCGUGAUCAGCGAGGCGCUGGACAGGACUGAGCUGGCAUCUCUGAAGUUUCUCAGCCUGGAGCACGUCACUGUAAGGAAGCGGGAAGAUAUUGAGGAGCCCAAGGCCUUCUUCCAAGCAUUACAAGAGAAAGGGAUGAUCGAAGUGGGGGACCUGUUCUUCUUGAAGGAGCUGCUCUACCGCAUCAAUCGGAUGGACCUUCUGGCUUCCCACCUGGGCUCCAGCCGAGAGGAGAUGGAGAGGGAGCUCCAGGUCCCAGGCAGGGCACGGGUGUCUCCAUUCAGAUAUCUGCUCUUUCAGCUGUCAGAAAACAUCACCAAAGAUGACAUGAAGUGUUUCAAGUUUCUUUUGGGAAAAGAAUUACCAAAAUGCAAGCUAAGUCCUGAAACUACAAUGCUCGACGUUUUCAUUGAGAUGGAGAAGAAGGGGAUUUUGAGAGAAGACAACUUAACUGUCCUGAAGACUAUUUGUGGAAAAGUGGACAAGAGCCUGUUGAAGAAAAUUGAAGAGUAUGGAUUAAACUCAUUUGGUGAAGGAGAGAUGCUUGUAACAGAGGGGCAAAGCAGCAGCAGAGGAGCCCCUGAAGACAGUGCCAUAUGGCUGGCAUCAUCUGUGGCACCUGAUUCUCUUGGCAACUGUGAUCAGCCUUCACAGCUUGAAGUUUAUAAAAUGACCAGCCGACCCCGUGGAGUUUGCCUGAUCCUGAAUAAUCACAAUUUUGCAAAAGCCAGGGAAGCAGUGCCAGAACUCAGAAAGAUGAAAAAUCGGAAUGGGACAGACGUGGAUGCAGAUGCUCUGAGAAAAGUCUUUAGCAACCUUCAUUUUACAGUAGCAGAAUACAAAGACUGCACUGCAGAGGAAAUUCGUAAGAUAGUGAACAACUAUCGGUGCAUGGACCACAACAACAAAGACUGUUUUGUUUGCUGUAUUCUCUCUCAUGGAAAAAAAGGCAUCAUAUAUGGUGUUGAUGGGCAGGAAGUACCUAUCCAGGAACUGACCACUUCUUUCACUGGGCAAAAUUGCCAAUCACUUGCUGGAAAACCAAAAGUCUUCUUCGUUCAGGCUUGCCAAGGUGAUGCUUAUCAGAAAGGUGUAACAAUUGAAACAGAUUCCGGGCAGCAAGAUCAUUCUUUAGAAACGGAUGCAAGAUUUCAGCUGGACUGCAUCCCCUCAGAGGCAGACUUCCUCUUGGGCAUGGCUACCCUGCAAGAUUACGUCUCCUACAGAAGCCCAAGCCAGGGGACCUGGUACAUACAGUCACUGUGCCAACACUUGGAGAACAGCUGUCCUCGAGGAGAAGAUAUUCUCACCAUACUGACAGCAGUGAAUCAAGAGGUGAGCAGCAAGAUUGACAAGCAGAAUGCAGGAAAGCAAAUGCCACAGCCCAGUUUCACACUGAGGAAAAAACUUAUAUUUCCUGUAAACUAAAUGGGAGCAGAGGCAGAGAGCACUGCAGUAACCUGAAAACCACUCAUCUCAGCUGUGAAUUCAGUAAAACAUCAGUCUGCUCCUAGCAGAAUAUAUAUAUAUAUAUAUGAAUGUUUUUAUUGGUAACAGAUAAGGAAUAAAAGCUUUAUGAAUGUAAGAGUUAAUUUAGGUGAUGCUUUUUAUACUUGAAAGCUGGUCUCCAGUUUGCAACCUUACAAUAGAUUGAAGGCCCUUCCAGAUGUACCUACCAUACGUUGCUGUUGUUUUGUUAAGGUACUUUUCAAAUACAAAUUCAUAUAGAGCCUUGUGUACUUUAUGUUUAACUUUUCAUAAAAUAAAAGACGUGGGACUGCAAAUUUUAUAGAAUGCAUCAUCUCAUCAGUAUUUUCUUACACACCCCUCUGCUUUAAAUCAUUCAGACUUAGUCUCAGUCUUUCUCAAAAACAAGUCAAGAACUUGUCCUCCAGCAUCCUGAGCUGUGACCUGCAUUUCACAGUAUCCUUUACCUACAGUACUCUUAACAUUCCAAUCAAUUGCAUAGGUGCAGCAUUACGCUUAUGUUCACUCACCUUGCUGACUUUAAGUCUCUGUUGUAGGCAUAGCAAAAAAAGAUUUUACUAGAUAAGUGAACAGCUCUUUAAAGACACAUUAACUCCUCUGAUUACUAUGUGCACAGUAACAAUAUUAAUGUAGGUGACUAUGUAGCUGAUUUUAGAUAAGUCUUCAGUUGAACCAUUUUUGGAAUGUAAGUAAUUCCCUAGAUUCCUCUGCUGAAUAUUUCUUCACUCUUUGCUACCAGUGUGACCUUUUUUACUUUGGAUUUUCAUCCAAGAUUCUCUCUCCAUGCAUACUGUUCAGUACUUUACCUUUUACAUCACACCUGUACUCUUCAGCAACGUUCUGUUCUGUACAUACACCCUGGGCUCCUGCUAUUCUAACUGUCCUGCUUGUCACACUGCAGAUCAGCCAGCUUGGGACCAGUUACAGCCAAAUGACAAGUUGCACAGUUCUCUUUCCUUUGGGUAGAGGCUGGAAUGUCUUUUAAGCUUGUAUUGCUGACAAAAUUUAAGUGAGCCCAGAGAUUUGAAAUCAGAAGAAUCUGACAGCAUGCUUGUAUAGGCAACUCGUAAGAAUUAAAGGAAAAAAACUACAGCAACUACAAUUACCUAUUCUGAGGGAAAUAAUUUCCCCAGGAGAACAUGAUAUAAAAAAUCUGGGGGAAUUUUCCAGCAAGAUAAAUGCAUCUCAUAAGCAAGGUCUUACUAGGAAUCUCCUCACAUAAUCAGUUUGGCAACUCUUUUUCAAAUAGGAAUUAAAUGUGUGCCCUUUCAAACUCUUUUAUAAUUGGUUUCCUCUUAUAAAGCAACUAUCUCACUGAUUCACAAGGAAUCCCAGCAGCUCUGCAGACUAAUUACACUCAUGCAUAUGAAGAAAAAAGGAAAUUCCCUCUACCUCUAAUGCUCUUGGUCUUGUAACAGAUAUGUAAAGCAACAACAACCACCAGUAAGGUUUUGAAGGGUCUGUGUGUGCUGCUGAGGCACAUGUAUUGCAGUUACCUGUACAAGCACCCCUGCCAGUGGGACAGUGCACCAAUAAGUUACAAGUGGACAGCCAUAGAGGCCACAGCACACACAGUGAGGUAAACAUUUGCACAUUUUAGACUAACUCUCGUUGAUGUCAGUUGUUUGCUCUCACUAAUUCUGCAGUGCUUACCUUAGGGUAACAUUUUCAUCACAGAGAUAAACUGCAGUGAGCUGGUGGUUUUCUUCAACUGAUGUAAUUUUCUUCUUGAUGCUUCUCUCCGCAGCAGAUAUUUUGCUUUCUUUGCAAAGAAAAGAAGAAAAAAUUGUUUUCUUUUUUUGUUUUUUUUUCUUUGUAAAUCUUUGUAAAUCUUUUUCAUUGUAAAUUUUUUUCUUUGUAUAUCAACAUCACAACUAGUAAAUACAAACAACAGUAAAUUGUUAAGGUGACUCGUGACAAACAAACAAGUACUACCAAUUGCCAAGAACAGCUUUCUUCACUCCCUCCUUGCUUCCCUUGUUUUUUUUGUUUGGUUGUUUUGUUUUAAUUGAGAAGAUUGUUAGAACCAUCACCCAGGACUAGUUUGUAAUAGCCUAAAUUUCACAGAGAGUUAGGCCAUUCUUUUAUCCUCAUGUGUAUUCGCAGUAGUAUUACUCUAGUAGUGCAGCUCUACAUAGAUCACCAUUUCUUACACAGAUGUACAGUUUUGUAGCUGCAUAGAUAUGGUGAAUAUUAGGCAACAAUCUAAGUUGCAUACAUGUUGGUGAAGCAAACUUGGGGAACUUCUUUUACAAUGCAGAUGCAGGCAUUCUAUCUUUUGGCUUGACCCUGCCUAACCACCUGUAGUUACAACAGUUGCAGAGACUUGUAGGAGAAGAAUCUCUCCUCAGGACGUCCAACUCAAUCUUCUGCAUAUGAAAUGCUGAGCUGAAAAGUCAGCUUCAGUCAGACGAGGGUUCCAGUCCUUUGCCACCCUCUCAUGUCAGAAAAGAUAGCAAGCUAAAUAAAUACAAGAUACUUACCGUAGGAUAAUGGUGGUUCCUAAUUUCUUGCGGUGUUCUGCUAUCAGUUAUUAAAUUAGACAAAUUUUAGUAAAAACCUAUUAAUUGCAAUAAAUGCUGUUCCCAGUCUGUACCAUGGAAAUAAUCAAGGAAAACAAUCUGAGCCUUUCUGCCACAAAAGCAGGUGCAAGGACAUGUGCUGGAGGUAUGCACAGCUGCAGGCAAAAAUUGGGCACCUCUGUGCAUAUGGAAUUUCAUGAGACAUGCACAGAGGGAGUACUCUUCAAGGAUAAGUAGCUUGGUUUCAGUCUCUGCUCCCACUUUAUCACAAACACAGAGGAAGGCUAAUAAAAACACAGUUACUGAGAUAGGAAAUCACACACUUCCCUGUAAAAAGCUCAAGCAAUCUUCCCUUGGAGGUCUGAAGAAAAAACAAGGGAAGAAUAUAUAUGUCCAAAUAGGAGCACAUAAAAUAAAUGCAAACAAAGCCACUGACCUAGAUAGAUACUUAAUUGUAGCAGAGUAGUCUAGUCUCUUUUCUGCUUCUUGCUUACUUGUCACAAUAUUGCUAGAAGAAUGCAGCAUUAGCUGCUGUAGUACCAGAAAGCAUAAGCACAUUGAUUUCAACUGAGGCUCACAUUCAAAUAUUCUGCUUAGAAGCUAAAGAGCAUUUUGUGAUUUUAUGUGAAGUUUUAUCACUCCUAAGUAAAAUGUUUUUCAAAAAGCAGCAUACUAAGGGGUGUUUUCUAGAUUUAACCAACACAUCUAAACUGCAGUCAAAGUCUGACCACAACUUGUAUUGCACAUCCAUAUUUCCUUUAAUUGCUUAAGUAUGAACACAACUGCAAACAGACUAGCACAGCCUGAUCAAGUUUUGGAAUCAAUUUCUAAGAUAGCUUACGCAGAUACCAAUUCACUAAGUCUGUA